GCUAAUUGUUGGCGCAUCCUGCAGUAAGAGCGGUUCUCGCCAUUUGUGUUUGUACUUCAUUAAAUAACGCUGUGUCUCUGCUGAGGCUUGUAGAAAACUCUUGGACUUUCCGCUGCUGCAUCUGGAUCAGUUUGGUUUGAGUAGAAUUUAAAAGAGCUUGUUUGUUUGAACCGUUUGGUAUUUCACAGUCCGUUCUUAAGCUAUGUCCAUGGCGGUUCUCAUGCAGCUCACCUCACAUGGCGGGUCACGCAUGUGCCGCAGGAUACUGCUAAACAGAGUACUCCCUAUUCAGGACAGACUGGUCCGUUCGCUGCACAGUCCAUCAAACACCCGGGCCACCAAUUCACGCUUCGACCCAGACAGCAGCGGACGCCCCACAACCUGGGACUCGUUCGGCAUUUGGGACAAUCGCAUCGACGAGCCAAUUCUGCUGCCGUCCAGCAUUCGCUACGGAAAACCCAUCCCCAAAAUCAGCUUGUCCAAGGUGGGCUGUGCCUCACUGAUCGGCCAGCGCAAAGAGAACGAGGACCGCUAUCAGGUGUCACAGAUGACCAGUGACAUCCUUUACUUCGCUGUGUUCGACGGCCACGGCGGUGCUCAAGCCGCUGACUUUUGCCACAAAUACAUGGAGCAGCACAUCAAAGAGCUGGUCAAAAAAGAGGACAACCUAGAGGUCGUCCUGACAAACGCGUUUCUAAACGUGGACAAAGAAUUGGCGAAGCACCUUCACUUGAGCGCAGACGCCUCUGUGCUAAGCGCAGGCACCACGGCUACGGUGGCGCUGCUGAGAGACGGCAUCGAACUGGUGGUGGCCAGCGUGGGCGACAGUCGUGCCAUGCUCUGCAGGAAGGGCAAAGCUCUUAAACUGACCCUGGACCACACACCUGAGAGGAAGGACGAGAAAGAGAGGAUCCGUAAGAGCGGAGGUUUUGUGACAUGGAACAGUCUGGGCCAACCUCACGUGAACGGGCGUCUGGCCAUGACGCGGAGCAUCGGAGACUUCGACCUGAAAAACGCAGGCGUCAUCGCCGAACCAGAGACCAAGCGGACUUCAUUACACCACGUACACGACGCCUUCCUCGCACUCACCACAGACGGCAUCAACUUCAUCAUGAACAGCCAGGAGAUCUGCGAUGUAAUCAACCAGUGCCACGACCCCAAAGAGGCAGCGCAGCGUAUCUCUGAACAGGCCAUACAGUAUGGUGCAGAUGACAACAGCACGAUCAUCGUGGUACCGUUUGGCGCGUGGGGCAAACACAAGAGCUCGGACGUGAGCUUCUCUUUCAGCCGCAGCUUCGUGUCCAGCGGCCGUUGGGCGUGAGCGAGUGAUGGACAGAGACUCGAAGACGGAAAGCGAGAAGAGGAGGAGAUUGGGGGGAAGGUGGAAUGGGUUUUGAACAAAAAACGGUCCAGGUGGGACGAGGAUCCCAGAGUGCAAUACGUUUAGGGCGUUAUGGGAACAGGAAACAUUUAACUCGACUCAAACCGCUUUGGGACGAGGACACGGUCCGUAACUGUAGUCCCGACGAGACACAGUGAAGCGUUUUGUGUGAACAGUACUGUGUUAGGAAUGUACUAGUGUACACCCUGAAGAAAAGCAGUGCUUUAGUGUCCAGUGUGUGCACACCAAUCAGUAUUUCUAAAACUGAACAAGACCAGUGGUGGCACAGGGGCCCAUCGGUUGCCGUAGGAACGCUUGUCUAGUUUUACCUCAGAAUAUUUUCAAGUGUUUGUAUUUUAUAACUGUGAAUAGACGGUAGUUUUUUGUUUGUUUGUUUGUUAGUGACUUAAUUAUCUCCAUCCCACGCCGUACUAAGACGUGACCGCGCAUGGAUUUUAUAAAUCCGAUGUCACUAGCGUCGCUAUGUAUAAACUUGUAAGAGCAUUCCUACAAAAAGAACAGAUCAAGAGCCCAGCUAUACACUGAUAUGGUUUUUAGUAACCAGCUGAUGCAUAGAUGCUUCACAACCAUCGGAUGUUUUUUUUUUGUUUGUUUUUUUGUUUUAUUCACAUGGAACAUUUAUCUAAGGUAUUGCUGGCUGAUGGUGCACGUAUCCAAGGGCAGCUGUUUAUUUGAUCCAUGAGCUGGGGAACACGUAAUGUCUUUCCUGGGGGUAAUUUUAAAGAAAUCUCAUCGUUCCACAACGAUUCAGACGUUUUAGCCAAGCCAGAGCAUGCACGUGUUUUACGGAGCGUGGUUUCUCGGACAAAGGAAUCGAUCGCACAACCGUUACGUUUGACAUUAACAUUAAACUUUUAAGUUAAUCCGGACCACUGUAUUUCGUCCUGCUCAUCUAGUGCCUUUUUUUUGUUGUUGUUUUUUGUUUCAGCGAUGAGAUCUCCUCAUGCAAGCACUGUCAUUUCUAGUUCUAAACACUAUUCCAGUCUCCUCAAAAACACAGAACCUGUGGCUUGAUCUCGCACACAAACACUUUUGUAAGAAAACGGGCCUCAUAAGUACAUUUGGUACAGGAUUGUUUGUUUUUUUUUUUUACUGUAUGUUUUGUAUAUAAUAUUUAUAUAUUUUGAUGUUCAAGAAAUCUCUAUAUACAGAUUAUAUAUACAUAUAUAUAUAACACACACUCUGUAUUAUAGAUGGUGUCCAGCUUUAUGAAGGUGUAAUAGACUGUAACAGUGAUGCAGUUCUGGAUUGGGAUCCUCUUGUCUGUAGUUAUUUCACAAAUGUUUUGGUACAAACGUCAGAUGUUUGGUACUUUUGUUUCUCCUUCCUGAACCGUAGUCAGUGAUCGAUUCUUUAAUGUCCAGUGCACAGUAUCUGCAUUUAAGACGUUCAAAAAAAUAUUUAUUUUGUUGUACAUUUUUGUUGGUUUCUUGUAUACAGGUAUACAUUUUAUGGUGUCUUGAAAUAGAUGAUGAAUGCAACUGGAUUUUGAUUUUUGAAAACUCCAAAACUGACAAGCUGAUAUUUGCUUAAAAAAAAAAAAAAGCAGUGAGCAGGACAAACUGGUAAGACCAUCUUUACCAACUGGUUAGUUUUUAGCUUCAUUUAUUCAGCACUAAACAGUGGUGGCUCAAGCGGUUACGGCUCUGGGUUGUUGCUUAGAGGAUUGGGGUUCAAGCCUCAGCACUGCCACGUUGCCACUGUUUGGCCCUUGAGCGAGACCCUUAACGCUCUCUGCUCCAGGGGGCGCUGUAUCACCUGUGCUCUGACCCAAACCUCAUACUGAGCCUCAUACUGUGGCGAUUAGACCUUUCUUUCCUUCCUCAGUAAAAGAAAUUUAAAAAAAAACAACAUUUUUUUGUGUUUUUCCCUCCAUUUUACUGUUCCUGUUUCGUCUCUGAACACGUGAUAAUUAACAUGUAUCCAUACAUGUAAUGCACGGUUUCUAGUUCUUUAAUUCAAGAGAUUCUGUUUGUUUUGUUUUGUUGUUUUUAAGAAAAGCUCCACACAUCAUAUCAUUUCAUUCCUAAACCCUUUCAACUUUAAUUGAUUGUUUUUAAAAAGGAGGAAAUGUGAAAAUAUUCCUCACGACGACGUAUCACCCCGUCAUCGACGUAUCACCCCGUCAUCGACGUAUCGCUCCGUGCUCUUUUUAAAUAAAAUGUGAACCUUGUAAGAAAAUUGUAAGGCAGUCUGUACUUUUUACUUCUCUAUAAGUGCAUGACUCAUUUCUCUGCUGUUCAGUUAUUAUUAAAUUACAUUCGAAUAUUAUAUUGAAAAAACUGUAUUUUUGUGCAGAUUUGUUUACUUGUGAAUAAAGUUUCAGCAGAAAGAAGAAUCGAACUUA